AUGGCCGCUAAGUCGGAUGGAGCAGCGGUGUCUGCGGAGGAUGACAACCCGUCCAGGAGCCUCUCAGUGCCGGAGCCCCCCCCAGGCCGGCCCGGCUGCGCUGCCCCCGGCGGGGAGCCCUACACCCUGGUGGACUGCUGCUGGCUCCUGUGCGCCAUGCUCGUCUUCUUCUCCGACGGCGCGACCGACCUGUGGCUGGCCGCCGACUACUACCUGAGAGGAGACUACUGGUGGUUCGGCUUGACGCUGGUCUUUGUGGUGGUGCCCUCCGCCGUGGUCCAGGUUCUGAGUUUCAGGUGGUUCGUGUAUGACUACUCUGAUCUCAGCGGCGGGGACGCGCCCGCCACCGGCAGCUGCGCGGCGGCGGGCGACAGCGCUUCCAGCACCAAGGACAGCGCCGCGGCUCCCCCGGUGUACACAGCCUCUGCUCAGCCCGCCGCGGCCGGGGGGACAGGCCCCCCCCGCAGGUGCUGCACAGUCUGCAUGUGGGUCUUUCAAAGCGUGCUGCACGUCCUGCAGCUGGGCCAGGUCUGGAGGUACACCCACGCCCUCUACCUCGGCGCCCAGUGUCGAUGGCACAGCACUGGGCCGCGUCGUCACUUCCACUGGCGGCUGAUGUUUGAGAGCGCUGAUAUUACAAUGCUGCGCCUGUUAGAGGCUUUUCUGAAGUCUGCUCCACAGCUGGUGCUGCAGCUGAGCAUCAUGAUUCAUGGAAACACUGUCCUUCCACUGCAAGGCCUCUCAGCUUCAGCCUCCCUGGUUUCCCUGGCCUGGAUGAUUGCGUCCUACCAGAAAGUUCUCCGGGAAUCCCGUGAUGAUAAGCUGCCCAUGUCCUACAAGGCUGUGAUUGCCCAAAUGUUGUGGCACUUCUUCACUAUUGGGGCAAGGACUGUGGCUUUCGCCCUCUUCGCCUCCGUCUUCCAGCUCUAUUUUGGCAUAUUCAUCGUCAGCCACUGGUGUGUCAUGACCUUCUGGAUUAUCCAGGGUGAGACUGACUUCUGCAUGUCCAAAUGGGAGGAGAUCAUCUACAACAUGGUUGUGGGUAUCAUCUACAUUUUCUGCUGGUUCAACGUCAAAGAGGGUCCCAGCCGCUUCCGCAUGACACUCUACUACUCUGUGACACUGGUUGAGAACGUGGCGCUGAUUACAGCCUGGUACAUCUAUCGUGGCCCACAAACCAAUGACUCCUCUGCUCUGGUGGUGGUGUGCCUUGUAGCCUGCAGCUUUGCCCUUGGGACCUUUUUUAUGUUGGUGUACUACUGCUGGCUGCAUCCAGACGGGCCUGUUCUAGGCUCCCAGUGGGGAGGAUGUGUAGAUGAGGGUGUGGUGAGCGCAGCAGGCGUAGUGGGAGUGAUUGACGCUUGUCUUACUCCAUCUGAAGGGUCCCAAACAGACAUGGUAAUUACCAGUCCUCCAAGGACACUGCCUAGGACUAAAGACACAGGGGAGACAGGUUCUGGAGACAGGGACAGCUGCCUGCCCAUCUUCCAGGUUCGCCCUUCCCCUUCAUCCUCCCCUGCCCACCUUCACAGGACAUCCUCAUGUCGUGCGCAGGAAGGUCCUGUAAUCAGAAUUGACCUGCCGAGAAAGCGAUACCCAGCCUGGGAUGCACACUUCAUUGAUCGCCGCCUACGGAAGACCAUCUUGCUCCUGGAGACCACAUCAGCUGUCAGCCCCCGGAUACUGUACAGGAGUAGCCUGAUGGGCAGCAAGGAGGUUUUAGAAUAUGAGACGACUGUUUGAGCCAGCAGUGGCUCUCAAACUUCAAACUGCAGUCUGGGACCAAGGUUCAGACUAGAAUCAGUCCUCGCCCAAGGACUACCUCUACUGAGGGUAACAGGAAAAGAAAACAUUGCUGGUCAACUCUUUUAGAGAAAAGAAGCUGUCAAAUGUGAUUGUAAAAUGUGAAGUGCAAUCUGGGACCAAAGUUGAGGAACAAGUAGCAAGACUGAGUCCAUGAAUUCAGAUCCCAGAGACACAUCAGAGACUUAAGGAAUGUUGAAACACUAGAUGCUAGAAGGAGUUGGAGACAUGCAAUCAUUUUAAAUUGGGCCAAAAAAAAAAAAAAAAAAAUUCAUGAUAUUAUCAUCUAUUAUAUCAGCAAAAGGCCAUCCAUAAAAUUCUCAUUGUAAAACAAUCUUUGUCCAUUAUAACUACACACCG